AAUAUGGCCCCUACCAAUAACAAAAGAUCCCCCUUACAAGGCGCCGCUUACCACAUUCGAUUGACGAUGAUCAUUCUUUUCCGGGCAUUCGCAUUGCACCGCCAAGGAAAGUUGCCCCAAUUUGAGUUGAAGAUGGAGGUUCCAGAUGCAGGAAAGUUCGACGACCUGGUGUUUCGCUACACAUCGCCAACGAUACCGGAAGGUACUGUCUACAUACAAGCUAAACAUAAAUAUCCAUCCGAAAAGCCAACGAAAUCGAAAAAAAUACAUCCAAACCAUCCGUACACACCAACGCGAAAAGAGCGACCAGCCAUUACGGAAGGAACGCUGCUCACGAAAUGGAACUCCAAUGGGCCAUUUUCAAUUGCUAAGUACUUCAUUUCGUACCUGGAAGGAUAUGAAAGAUCGAGCACAGGACAGCAGCGAGAUACUUUCCUUUUGCGACGCCAUAGGAGCAACGUGUUACAGCUUCAGCCCUGAGGAACAAUUUCAUGCUCUAACUGAUGCAUUACGGCAAGCAAGUCUAGAAAAGCUAGGACAGAUGCUCGUACUACAUGUUCGUUACAACACAGAAAUUAAAUCGAAUUAUUCUUCGUUAAACGUAUUCGUCGAUCUGAUUUCUGUGUCUGUCGAGGAACUAGAAGGAGGCACAGGGAAGUUUAAACUAAGCCAACGAUUACUAACUGCAUAUGAGUCAUCAAUCUUGGGGAAGUUGCGAGCUGUUCUUAAGAGUGAAUAUGAUAGGCUUAUAAGAGCGAAGCAGUGUGACGA